AUGAACGAGGUUGCACUCGCGCCAGAACCUUCACAUGAUACGCAAACGACAGGGGCGGCAUUCGCCUUCUCAGAGCAAGAUUUAGCCGGCUAUUGCGCGAUAUGGUUCCAAGAGUAUCACUCGUGGUUCCCGAUCUUGCACGAGCCUACGAUUCUCGAGACAUGCGGGCAGUGCCCUGGCCGAUCCGACACCCCCGUCCCGCUCGUUCUUAAAGCCAUCGCGGCCGUUGUCGUGCCUACACAACCUCGUCCGCAACGAGUCUCCGCGGCUCAAAGACAACGAUGGCUGUUGGACCUGGAAGACGACAUCCUCUCUGCCGCCACGCAUGAUCUCUCUCUCCAAUCGCUUCAAGCCCUUCUCAUUCUUAGCAUACGCGUCUUUGGGACGGGAAGGAUGGCGCAGUUCUACAACCUGAUGGCGCUCUGUAAAUGCGUUAGCACACAACUCGGCCUCAGAGACCUCGUUUACUACCACUGCGCCAAUUAUGGCGUCCCCUCCGCCAUUCCGCCACGCAUGCUCUUCAUUCCCUUUACCGUUGUAGAGCGCGAGGAGAAGACGCGCGCCUUCUGGGCCGCCGAGGCGCUGGACUCCAUCUCGACCCUCGGCGCCGCAUGGCACCUCUCUGUGCCGCGCCCCGAGCCUGCCGCCACGGCCCCCUGCGACGAGGAGACGUGGUGCUUCCCCGAGUCGGUGCUGGCCGCGUACCGGUUUGGCGACGCCGAAGCCCCCUCGCCCUUCUCCCUCUUCGUGAGCCUCGCGACCAGCGAGCUCUGGCAUGUGCACCGCUUUCUGCAGCAGUCGUACGACAGCAAGGCGGCAACGGAUACGGAGCGCAGGCAGGCGGAUUGCGAUGCCGUGUAUCAGCACCUCAUGUCAUGGAAGGCUGACUUUGAGCGUGUCCUGGCGGUGAACGCGCCGCCAUUUGUCGACUUGUUCUCAACCGGCUACUACACCGAUCAGCACCCGAAUAGCAUACUGAUACACUGCACCAUACAUAGCGCAGUGGUUUCGCUAUAUCAACGAUUUAUCGUCCUGCCAGACACUACCUCCUACGGCGGGCAGUCGUGGGCGUGUGCUGCAGAUCGCUGCAUUGCGAGCUGCGAGUCCAUGGUUGCCCUCAUCCGCACCGUGCCCGACGCCACGCUCGAAUCCAUUAACCCGUAUGUGAUCUUCUGCGUCUUCAUCGCCGCUCGAUUUUAUGCCGUUCACGCACGCACAACUGGGUCAUCAACCCAAGACAAGCUGUACCUCUUGAUAUACCCUCUUACGGUUGCAGCGAAGAGGUGGCCCUUGGCAAGGCAGUUGAAGGCGGUGCUGGAUACCGCUGUAACAGAAAGCCGGGGCGAGCAUGUGGGGGAUCAUCCUCUCCCUGUUGAGUUCUACGACCUGCAGUAUCUUUUGUGGGACAUUCAUGACGCGCUGAGGAAAUGGGCGCAGGCUAAAGACCAAUCUCUGACACAUCUCGAGAGCGCACUCACUGCAUAG